AUGUCAAAAGAUACUGAAAAAAGAUUGCUAAGGACUAUACAUCAUCUUAGAGAACCGCAAGGGUCGACUAUACCAACUAUUGUAAAAGCAAUUAAUACAAAAGGACCACAAGUAAGUUUAAAAAGAAUUGUUCAAACACUUAGGGGAUGUUUGAAAAAUGGGUCUCUCAAAGUCGCAGACGGUAGAAUAAAAUUAAAACAAGCAAGUUCUUAUAUAUAUCGUUUGAGAGAUAAAGAACAUAAACAUAGUAAACUGAAGAGUCGAUGCAAUCAAUCAUGUCCGAAAUUAUUAAGUCCGCCUUCUCUUUCCACCAAGAACUGUCUUACCUCAAAUCAGAGAUUAUGUCCGUCGUCAAAUUCAAAACAGUGCCCUCCUCCAUCCGGGAAUAAACCUUGUUCGCCUUCUUCAAAUACGAAAGCAAAACCGUGUCCGAAACCUUGUCCUAAACCUUGUCCGAAACCCCCGUGUUCUCCUCGAUCCGGUUCGAAACCUAAAUCAGCAUGUAAACCUUGUUCGCCAACAUCCGGUACCAGACCCUCCUACUGUCCUCCGCAGUCUUCAAAAUCUCGUCAACCUCAGUCUUCUUCAAAAUCUCGUCCAAAAUCAAAAUGUAAUGGAAAACCCAUGAUGAAAUCGCGUCAAAAAACGUGUCCAAAACCGUGUCCGAAACCGGGUCAAAAAUCGGGUCAGAGAUCGGGUAUGAGAUCAGGUCGAAAAUCAUCGAGGUCGAGGAGAAGACGAAAGAAGGAAAAAUGCCCGCGCGAUAGAAAAUCAGCAUCGGAUAAAAAAGAUAGAAAAGACAGGAGAGAUAAAAGAGAUAAAUGUAAAUCCGAUGAUUCUAAAAAUAAAAAGUCCGACGGCGGCGGAAACGACAAUAACGAUGAUGGUAGAAGAAGCAAAGCUAGAAAUAGAUCGGUUAAAACUCGUAAGCAAAAAUCAAAAUGUCCAAAACCUAAAAGGAGAAAUUCAAAACCUAGAGGAAAAAUGAAGGGAAAACCUAAAUGUCCGAAAAAUAAAUCAAAACCUAAGAGAAGCAGUACGAAAAAGCGAAAAAAAUGUGAUUGA